AUGACGGACCCCAUGAACUUGGUACUAGGUCUACCAAGCCUAUUCAUAUCUUGCAUACAAUCUUUCGAGAUCAUCCAAUACGGUCGAACCUUUGAAUAUGAUCAUCGAGAUAUGGUUCUUCGUCUCGAAAUCCUUGGAGCCCGGCUAGCACGAUGGGGACGAUGCACUGGUAUCUUGGACAAUGACCCUACUCUCAUUACGCGUGAAAUAGAAGGGAAGUUGAAAUUGUAUUUGGAAAACAUCGAAAGCCAGUUUGAGAAGGCAAGAAAGAAAGCCGCAAGGUAUUCACCGGAUGAACACAUGGGCAAAGACAAAGACGGAACGCGCGCGAAUGUGCGUAAGGCUAUUCGGCAGUGGACGACCAAGUAUACGCAAAAGUGCCAUACAGGCAAAAAGAAGGUCCAAUGGGCCGUUCACGACAAGAAGAUAUUGGAAACAAUGGUGUGCAAUAUCCGAGAUCAUAUGGAUGACAUGAUGGAAGUCUUCGGUCCAGGCGAGAUGAAAAUGAUUUCAACAACCCAACUACAGCUGCAAAAGGAGGAUAUCAAGAAUCUCGAGCACGGUGAACUAGAGAUGCUGAAACAUCUAUCGAAAGAUCAAGAUGAGGUUAUUGUGAAAGCCGUCGAGUAUGCCAUUGAAACCCGUCAAGCUUCCUCCCACAUUUUCAGCGGGAGCUUUAAAAUCAACGGGGAAAACGAUGGUGCCAGAUACAUGUUUGGCGAUGAUGUUGCCCGAGGCGUAGUCGGCACCGGACAUUACUACACGGGCGACUUCAAUGUUGGAGGCUGCGGAACUAAGUAG